AGACAACGGUUUCAAUUCAAUCGAAAAUCAACGUUUGAUUCAGACACGAUAAUGGAGAAAUACGAAAAACUCGAGAAGGUUGGAGAAGGCACAUAUGGAAAGGUUUACAAGGCAAAGGAUAAGGAAACAGGACAAUUGGUUGCUUUGAAGAAGACACGGUUAGAAAUGGACGAAGAAGGAGUUCCACCGACUGCUUUAAGGGAAGUAUCGCUUCUUCAGAUGCUAUCUCAUUCACUCUACAUCGUUCGUCUUCUCUGUGUCGAACAUGUUGAUAACAAGCAUGGAAAGCCUCUUCUAUACCUUGUUUUUGAAUAUCUAGAUACAGAUCUGAAGAAAUUCAUUGAUACUUAUAGGAAAGCGCCGAAUAGUAGGAAUCUUCCUCCUUCUCUUAUUCAGAGUUUUCUUUAUCAGCUUUGUAAAGGUGUUGCUCAUUGUCAUAGUCAUGGUGUUCUUCACAGAGAUUUGAAGCCUCAAAAUCUUCUUAUUGAUAAGGAGAAGGGUAUACUUAAGAUUGCCGAUUUAGGGCUUGGAAGGGCUUUUACUGUACCUCUAAAGAGCUAUACCCAUGAGAUUGUUACUCUAUGGUAUAGGGCUCCAGAGGUUUUACUGGGUUCUACACACUACUCAACUGCUGUAGAUAUGUGGUCUGUGGGUUGUAUUUUUGCUGAGAUGGCAAGGAGACAAGCUUUGUUUCCUGGAGAUUCAGAGUAUCAACAGUUACUCCAUAUAUUCAGAUUGCUUGGAACACCGACUGAGAAGAACUGGCCAGGAGUUAGCUCUUUGCGUGAUUGGCAUGUUUAUCCCCAAUGGGAACCUCAGGGCAUUGAACGUGUUGUUCCUCAACUUGAGGCUGAUGGACUCGAUCUCUUAGUGAAAAUGAUGAAAUUUAAUCCAGCUGAUAGGAUUUCAGCAAAAGCAGCUCUUGACCAUCCUUAUUUUGAUAGUUUGGACAAGUCUCAGUUCUGAAGUGGUUGUGGGUUUGGUAUCCCAGCAUCAGUCUUUUCCAUUUCUCAUCAACUUGGUGAUAUCAAAGUAUGCUAGUUGUGAAUCUUGUUAUGCUAAGGAUUAUGCUCUAUAGUGUUGUUUCAAUUAAAAUAUCUAUUGAAUACACUUUUCAAAAGUUCUAUUUCAAAUUAUCAUUGUAAUGUUUAUGGGAUUUUACUCAA